AUAACUAUUUUUGUAAGUGACGUCAUAGUGAAACAGAAAUAACGUGUCGUUUUUACAGUGACUCUUCAGUUUCUUUGUGAUUUCUCAUCGUCAUCCUAAAAACAAAUAAACAAUUCGCUUUAACCUGUUGGAUUACUCAUAAGUAACAUUAACAAUUUUAAAUUCACUAUCUGGAUAAUUUGUCACAAGUGUUUGCCCAUUCUGUUGUUCAUUAUGUCCAGUGAGGAAGAUUUGGCAACAGCUAUACUCAGACGCAAGGAGCGUCCCAACAGACUCCUUGUGGAAGAGGCAAUCAAUGAAGAUAAUUCAGUUGUUUCAUUAUCACAGAAAAAAAUGGAUGAACUCCAAUUAUUUCGUGGAGACACUGUAUUAUUAAAAGGAAAAAGACGGAAAGAAACUGUAUGCAUUGUAUUAUCUGACGAAACAGUACCAGAUGACAAAAUACGUAUCAAUAGAUGUGUGCGAAACAACUUGCGGGUCAGGCUUGGAGAUGUUGUUAGCAUUCAGCCUUGUCCUGAUGUAAAAUAUGGCAAAAGAAUUCAUGUCCUACCCAUAGAUGACACAGUGGAAGGUCUUGCAGGGAACCUGUUUGAAGUUUUCCUCAAGCCGUAUUUCCUAGAAGCAUACAGGCCAAUUAAAAAGGGUGACAUAUUUCUCGUUCGUGGUGGAAUGAGGGCUGUUGAAUUCAAAGUUAUUGAAACUGAUCCUCAACCUUAUUGUAUUGUAGCACCAGAUACUGUUAUUCAUUGUGAAGGCGAGCCAGUAAAAAGAGAGGAAGAGGAGGAGCAGCUUAAUGAAGUUGGUUAUGAUGACAUUGGAGGAUGUCGUAAACAACUUGCACAGAUUAAAGAAAUGGUGGAGCUCCCACUUAGACAUCCGCAACUCUUUAAAGCUAUUGGAGUGAAGCCACCAAGAGGUAUACUUUUAUAUGGACCUCCUGGCACAGGAAAAACAUUGAUUGCUAGGGCAGUUGCUAAUGAAACAGGGGCAUUUUUUUUCCUUAUUAACGGGCCUGAAAUUAUGAGUAAGUUGGCUGGAGAAUCAGAGAGCAAUCUUCGCAAAGCUUUUGAAGAAGCUGAAAAAAAUUCACCAGCUAUUAUUUUUAUUGAUGAACUUGAUGCUAUUGCUCCAAAGCGUGAAAAGACACAUGGAGAGGUAGAGAGACGUAUAGUUUCACAACUUUUAACUUUAAUGGAUGGGCUUAAGCAGAGGUCUCAUGUCAUUGUUAUGGCUGCAACCAACAGACCAAAUAGUAUUGAUGCAGCGCUCAGGAGAUUUGGACGUUUUGACAGAGAAGUUGACAUAGGAAUUCCAGAUGCCACUGGCAGGCUUGAAAUUUUAAGAAUUCAUACCAAAAAUAUGAAACUUGGAGAUGAUGUGGAUUUGGAACAGGUUGCCUCAGAGACACACGGUCAUGUUGGUGCAGAUUUAGCUGCUUUGUGUUCGGAGGCUGCCCUGCAACAGAUAAGAGAGAAAAUGGAUCUUAUUGACCUGGAAGAUGAAACUAUUGAUGCUGAAGUACUGGACUCGUUGGCAGUUACCAUGGAAAAUUUCAGAUGGGCUUUGAGCAAGAGCAAUCCUAGUGCCUUGCGAGAGACAUCAGUGGAAGUGCCCAAUGUUUCUUGGGAAGAUGUUGGAGGUUUGGAAAAUGUCAAAAAAGAACUCCAGGAGUUGGUUCAGUAUCCAGUUGAGCACCCUGAGAAGUUCCUGAAGUUUGGCAUGACGCCAUCAAAAGGUGUUCUAUUCUAUGGUCCACCUGGUUGUGGUAAGACAUUGCUUGCCAAGGCUAUUGCCAAUGAAUGUCAAGCCAAUUUUAUCUCCAUCAAGGGCCCUGAACUUCUCACAAUGUGGUUUGGAGAGUCUGAAGCUAACGUCAGAGACAUAUUUGACAAGGCUAGGUCAGCUGCUCCAUGUGUGCUGUUCUUUGAUGAGUUAGAUUCUAUAGCUAAAUCCAGAGGAGGCAAUGUUGGUGAUGGAGGUGGUGCUGCAGACAGAGUAAUUAAUCAGCUACUGACUGAGAUGGAUGGCAUGUCUGCCAAGAAAAAUGUGUUUAUCAUUGGAGCAACAAACAGACCAGACAUUAUUGAUUCAGCAAUCCUUCGCCCUGGCCGUCUUGAUCAACUCAUUUACAUUCCCCUUCCUGAUGACAAAUCACGUAUUCAAAUUUUAAAAGCUAACUUGCGGAAGUCACCAAUGUCCAAGGAUGUGGACUUGGAGUAUCUUGCUAAAGUAACCAAGGGAUUCAGUGGUGCUGAUCUGACUGAAAUUUGUCAAAGGGCCUGUAAACUUGCCAUAAGACAGUCAAUUGAAGCAGAAAUCCGUACAGAAAGAGAGCGUGCACAAAAUCCUGAUGGUGACAUGGAGGUGGAAGAAUAUGACCCAGUACCAGAAUUAACAAGAGCUCAUUUUGAAGAAGCCAUGAAAUUUGCAAGACGUUCUGUUAGUGAGAAUGAUAUCCGCAAAUAUGAGAUGUUUGCCCAGACCUUACAGCAAAGUAGAGGUUUUGGUGGAUUCAGAUUCCCUGGAGCUUCAGGUCAAGGUCAGAGUGGGUCUGGUGGGGCAGGUCAAGGUGGAAAUACUGGAGGGGAUGACGGUGAUGAAGAUCUUUAUAGUUAAAACUCAGUUAUUUGUUUUCUACCAGCUGCAGUUUACCUAACUUCUAAUCUUGCAGCAAGAUUCAGUGUUUAAUUGUGUUGUUACAUUAUGCAGUUAAUUAUUUUUUUGUUCUAAUACUUUUUAUUUCACAAACAGAUGCAAAAAAAACUGACACUUAAAUACACUAGCAUAUUCAAUGUGAUUAGAACAAAUAUUUUAUUACACUAAAUUAGUAUAGUUUCCCUGAAUAGAUCUAAGAAAGUUUUUUUUUUUUUUUAAAUUUGUUUAUUCUAACUUGCAAAGAGUUAAUUUAUCAUCUGCCAUGUUGUCCAUAGUAACCUAUUUUUAUGACAGCUAGUGUUUGAUAAUUGUUACUGCAAUGUAACAUGUUCAUCCAUUUGGUACAGAAAGGUGGUAGCAAACUGUGUAUUUUUACAAAGUUCUGAGCAGCUUCUGUUGGGUUUAAAAAUUCCAUUUGUCACCAUUUUCUGUGGUAACUUUAUUCACUUAGGAUUUACAGAAAUGACAUUCUUUUAUAUUUAAAAACUACAGAAUUGUUGUUUGCUAAUGCAUUUUUUUUUUCGGUUCAAUAAUUUUUAACAUUCAUUUUACCUUUAUCAUCAAGAUAUCCUGUUUUACAGUUUGCUACUGUACUUUAUAAUGUAUGGGCCAUCUUUUGUGUUGUUCUUUGAAACUAUGAAAUAAAAUAUUAAAAUGUUACAUUGGUACUUUC